AAUGAAAAUUUUCACAUUCCUACGUUUUUUGCGAACGCCCUCGCUGUCCGGUGAACGUGGUUGUGGUAGUUCCUCAAGUGUUGCCAGUGUCCUUGCAUUGCUUUACAUUUAUAUUUUUUCAUCGCUGAGAUAUCAGGUGGACGAUGAGGACGUUGUUGUGGUGUGCGGUGGCGUUCGCGGCCACGGCUGUCGUGCUAGCAGACGAUGUAGAGCUGGAGCUACAGAGCGGACUGCUCGUCAAGAUGCUGAGGGAGAUGGUGAACCAGACGAAGGCGGACACGCUGAACCUUCCUUCAAACGCGACUUCCAUUCGUGAAAACAUUACUGACACAUUCAGCUGCGAGAACCGCACGUACGGUUACUACGCGGACGUGGACAACGAGUGCCAAGUGUUCCACGUGUGCCUGCCCUCGCAAGCCGUCACCGGCAGGAACGUCACCUUCCGCUGGAGCUUCAUUUGUCCAGCUGAAACUGUCUUCAAUCAAGAAGUACUAACGUGCACGAGACCACGUGAUGCUAUCUCCUGCGAGGAGUCCCCGAUGUAUUACGACGUCAAUAUGGAGUUCGGUAAAGUGAAUGACAGUAAGGAACAAACAAAACCCGAAGAAAAUAUCCCGAUGAGCAACCCUGCACCGAAUACUGAGUCCGUAUCUUCGUCACCACAAAGAUGGAAUCAAGCAAACAGAAAAAAGCAAAAUUUGAUUGUUGGAACACUUUUUAACGACGUUGUACCAAAUACGAAAACAGUAAGGGAAGUAAUCAAGGAAUACGAUAACAGUUUUAUGGACACGUUAAAAGAAGAAGUAAAAAAUAACAAUUACAACACGCUACAAACAGUAAAUAAAGAUUUCAGUACAGUGAAUCAAAACGUCCACGAUCUUAAAGAAGAAAUAAAAGGAAUAGAAAAGGAAAUAGGAAAGAUAACUGAUGAUAUUAAGGACAGUGAAUAUAAAGAAAAGAUGCAGGUAAUAAAAGAUAAUAUAAAAGACAUUGUACAAUACAGAAACGAAGGAUUCGUGAAUAAUGAUGCGAACUACGACAGCAUGGAGUUUGAUAUAAAUGAAGGAUCAGUUGCGCUACCUCAUGUCAUACUGAAGAAAAUAGAAGAGAUGCAGGCUGAGCCUGUGAUGCCUGUGGUGGUAGAAGAAGUCGUGCCUUCUGUUGAAGAAGUAAAUAAAGAAGACGAGGAGGCGACUGUAACAGAACUUGAUAAUUCUAGAAUAGUAGCGGAAAGAAGUUUGAAAAGGACUGGCCGGAAAAUGUAUCGAGGGUCGUUAAGGUUUAGACCUACAUUGUGAUAAAACCGCAAAAUUGUUAUAUAGAAAUUAAGUGUGAAUUAUAUCUUCUGUGGUUAGUUUAUUUUGCAGAAGAAAUUUCCCCGAUUUCUUCCGCAAGAUGUCGUGCCUGAUUUUUUUUUACAUUGUUGACAUCUGUCGUAUAAUUUUAAAAACCACAGUAAGAUAUCAUUUCUAUCACUGAAUAAGGAAUUCCUCGAGACCUUAAAGAAAAUGUGCAUAGUAUUAGAAACGUAAGCUUGUAAAUAGGCAUUAAACAAAAGAAAGUCGAAAAUAAAAAAUACAACUCCUGA